GGCUCCCGCCUGCAAUCCUCGCGGCCUCCCCGGCCGGGCCGCUCAGCGGGUGGAGGGUGGCGCGGGCGACGAGACAGGACCGUCAUCACGCGGCCCGAAGCGCGGCACAGAAGCCGAAGAGGAGUGGGGCGCUGCGGACGUCUCUGCCAAGGCAGCUCCCCGCGCCUGGCCACCCGCGGGGCUGACUUCACAAGACCCUGUGCACAAAGGCCGCUUCUCGGACUUGGGAUAGUCAGGCCCUGGCCCAGCGGUCGCGCCUCUCUCAGAAGCGAGGUCAAGGCAAGCCGGGGCAGGAAGCCUGGAAGGUUCUCCCGAGCGCGCCGCGGAUCAAGGCCUGCAGGUCCUGCGCGAGAAAGCCAGGCCGGCCCGGUCCCAGCGCCUUUCUUUCGGCUGAUUUUCUAUCCAGUGCCGAGUCUUUAGGUGAUGCUAUUCAUAUUUCUGUCUUGACGAAAAAUGUUUCCCAUGGUUCACCCCCGGCUUCUUGGCUUUUGACGGUUCUCCCUCGUCGGGGAGGGAGUCGCGGGGGUGGGGAUGCCCGGGUCGAGCCCAGACGCCGGCGCAAGUCCGGGGAAGCGCGCGGCCCCCAGGAGAUGCGAGCGGGAGGGAGGUGUCCGCCCUUGGUGCCCCCCCCGGGAAAGGGAGGGCCGGUUUCCGCUCUGCCACCGCCUCCGAGGCGCAGGAAGCAGCGCAUUUGUCUCCGGGAACCCCCCCCCGCCCCAGGCUACCCAGCCCGGGAAAUCCGCCCGGGCCUCCCGGCCCCGCCCCGGAGCCCCGCCCCCGCGCCCGCCACCGCCUCCGCGGCCCUCCGCUCAGCUCAGCUCGGGCUCGGGCUCGGGCGCGGGGCGCGGGGCAGGACACGGGCGGAGCGGCAGCCGCUCCGGACAUGUCGCGCCCUCGCGCCGGCUUCUACCGGCAGGAGCUGAACAAGACCGUGUGGGAGGUGCCGCAGCGGCUGCAGGGUCUGCGCCCGGUGGGCUCCGGCGCCUACGGCUCCGUCUGUUCGGCCUACGACGCGCGGCUGCGCCAGAAGGUGGCGGUGAAGAAGCUGUCGCGCCCCUUCCAGUCGCUGAUCCACGCGCGCAGGACGUACCGGGAGCUGCGGCUGCUCAAGCACCUGAAGCACGAGAACGUCAUUGGGCUUCUGGAUGUCUUCACGCCGGCCACGUCCAUCGAGGACUUCACCGAAGUGUACUUGGUGACCACCCUGAUGGGCGCCGACCUGAACAACAUCGUCAAGUGCCAGGCGCUGAGCGACGAGCACGUUCAGUUCCUGGUUUACCAGCUGCUGCGCGGGCUGAAGUACAUCCACUCGGCCGGGAUCAUCCACCGGGACCUGAAGCCCAGCAACGUGGCUGUGAACGAGGACUGUGAGCUCAGGAUCCUGGACUUCGGGUUGGCCCGCCAGGCAGACGAAGAGAUGACGGGCUACGUGGCCACGCGCUGGUACCGGGCCCCUGAAAUCAUGCUCAACUGGAUGCAUUACAACCAGACAGUGGACAUCUGGUCUGUGGGCUGCAUCAUGGCUGAGCUACUCCAGGGCAAGGCCCUCUUCCCGGGAAGCGACUACAUUGACCAGCUGAAGCGCAUCAUGGAAGUGGUGGGCACACCCAGCCCGGAGGUUCUGGCAAAGAUCUCCUCGGAACACGCCCGGACAUACAUCCAGUCCUUGCCCCCCAUGCCCCAGAAGGACCUGAGCAGCAUCUUCCACGGAGCCAACCCCCUGGCCAUAGACCUCCUAGGAAGGAUGCUGGUGCUGGAUAGUGACCAGAGGGUCAGUGCGGCAGAGGCGCUGGCCCACGCCUACUUCAGCCAGUACCAUGACCCUGAGGAUGAGCCAGAGGCCGAGCCGUACGACGAGAGUGUUGAGGCCAAGGAACGCACCGUGGAGGAGUGGAAGGAGCUCACCUACCAGGAAGUCCUCAGCUUCAAGCCCCCAGAGCCACCGAAGCCGCCUGGCAGCCUGGAGAUUGAGCAGUGAGGUGCUGCCCGGUAGCCCCUGACAGCCUGUGGAGGGGCCUGGGCCUGCACCUUUCCACAGUUGAUCUGGUUUCCUCAAGAGGCGCCUCCCAUACUCCUGUGGUCACUGACUCCUGGUCUAGGACCCCUUGCCUUCAGGAGAAUCCACACACGUAUGCAUGCACAAACAUGUUGUACAUGUGCUUGCCAUGUGUAGGAGUCUGGGCACAAGUGUCCCUAGGCCUACCUUGGUCCUCCUGCCCCCUCCUGGCCACUGCACUCUCCACUGGGACCUGACUGUGGGGUCCUGGAUGCCAAAGGACUUCCCCUGGGGAGUUCCCCUGUCUGUCCUAGGCCGACCCAUGGGGAGUGUCAGCCAAGGGAUCUCUUCUGUCUCAGGGCUCUGGAGGGCGCACUGGGGCCGGGAACCCCGGAGACUGAAAGGGAGAGGUCUCAGUCACUACAGAUGCUCAGCCUAGAAGUAGGGGACUGCCCUGGUCACUGCUGAGACCCACAGGUCUUGAGAGGCAGAGCCAGUGUGCCACCAGGCUGGGCAGUGACAACCAUCAGGUAUCAAAUAAGAAAAGCUGCCUGGAGCCUUGUGUUCACCCAUGGGUGUGGGCACGCGUGGAUGGGCAUGCACUCCCUGUGUUCAUGUCAGGGCACAUGUGGUGCAUGUGAAUCCGUGAGCACCCAAGGGACAGCAGCCAUGUCUGGCAAGAACCCUGAGCUGGGGCGGGUGUGCUGCUGCCUUCCCUCCCCCCAGUUCCUGAUGCUUGAGGGAUGUUGGGAUUCAGACUAGAGGCUCCAGUGGGCCAAAGGGUAACCACGUGAGCACAGUAGGGGUUUUUUCCUCGGACGUCGGAGCUAUAGCAGGUUCCUGAGGCUGGAGGUGGGCGUUGGUUCAGCCUUGAGGACUCUAAGGCAGGCCGAACACGUAGAUGUGGACUUGGAUUCCAACACUCCUGUCCCAGCACCCUGGCCCACUCUCUACCUCUGCCCACCGUGUGGCCCUGCAGCCGGAGAUCGGAGGUGCUCUGGUCUGCGGGUUAGUCAUCCUCUUUCCUUGUACCAGGAUGGAGCUGAUCCAAUAACCCCGGAAGAUGGGACCCUGCUCAGAGCUGAGUUGGGAGUGUGGCUUUGCCCUGGAAAGGCGGUGACCUCUUGCCUUGAGGGGCCCAGGAAAGCCUGGGUGUCAAGUGCCUGCACCAGGGGUGCACAAUAAAGGGGGUUCUCUCUU